CAACAUUCCCCAACCGAGCGAACCCGAGGUCCUACAUCGGGGAAGGGAUGAGACGUGAUAGGAUUUACAUAUUACUGGUGCCUGGAUCUGUCUACAUGAUCUUCUCGGAGGAGGUUGGAAGGUGUCUGUAUGAGGUUAUGAGGUCCCUUGGAAAGAAGGAGGUAAUCCAAUGGAAAUGGACAAGCUCUAGAGAUCCAAUUAGACUUUGAUCGGAUCGUAUCUUUGAGUAGUAGCUAAAUAUAUUAAUCCGGGGUUGCCAAGUGCGGUGCGGAAUCUAUUCUACUACCGGCUAGCGGAAGACUCGGGAGAAAUUGCGGGGGGUUGGGGGGUGUUGAGAAACGAUGGUUGGUGGAGUGGUGGAGUUCUCAGGUAGGUAGGAACUGACGAACCACAGUACAGUAAAAGUCGAUCCUUCGGCAUCUAAGGUCGCACAAUGGCUGCUCGUCAAAUCUACGCCGACGUUGACCGGGGCUAAUAAUCCUAUUUCUUUCUAGUCUCAGCCUCCCUUUGUGAUCGUCCUACCAAAGGCUUUUUGUUUAUGAGAGCUGUAAAACUGCGCUCUUUUCCUAUUUCCUCCGUACACUCGCUCAAUUUGUACGAUAUUUUGUAACAUCUGUACAUUCCAACCAGUCGGUAAUUGCUAAGAUGGUGUUUACCCCGCCGGCUUGGGUGCCUGAGUUGCCCUUCGACCCUCCGGACUCAAUCCCUCUUCACGAAUUCUGGAGUAGUGAGAGAUAUGGAAGGCAACCGCUCGCUAGGUCACGGAAUCCCUACACUUGCGGAGUUACGGGCAAAACCUAUACGGCCACAGAGAUGACUGAGCGAUACCAGCUGUUAGCGAGAUCGUUGUCAAAGCGUUUGGGUUGGAGAGCUAACGAGGAGACACCGUGGGACAAGGUUGUCGGACUUUUCUCUCUUAAUUCGAUUGACUUCAUGAUGUCGACAUUCGCAGUACAUCGUCUAUCGGGCAUUGUAACACCUGCGAAUGCUAUGUACUCAGCCGCCGAGUUAGAACAUCAACUUAAGUCAUCUGGUGCGAAGGCACUUAUUACAUGUAUCCCCCUACUAGAAACAGCACUGAAGGCAACGAGAGCGUGUAACAUCCCAGAUGACAAAGUUUUUAUAAUACGACUGCCGGGGAAGUUCGAUCCAGUGCCUUUUAAGUCACUCGACGAUCUAAUCGACGAGGCGAGGUUGUUUCCGGAACUCGAGCCGUUAAUUUGGUCAAAGGGGCAAGGUGCUCGACAGGUUGCUUACUUAUGUUACUCUAGUGGUACAUCUGGACUUCCCAAAGCGGUCAUGAUUGCGCACCGAAAUGUGAUUGCAAACAUGAUGCAGCUCCGAUGGCACGAGGAUCCAGGAAGGAGAAUGAAAGGCGUUGAAACCCAGGUCCAGCUCGGCCUUCUACCCUUCAGCCAUAUCUACGGAUUGGUAGUGACAGCGCAAGCUGGAACCUACCGAGGAGACGAGGUGAUCGUCUUGCCGAAAUUUGAACUUACAGCCCUGCUCGAAGUUAUCCAGGGGUUCAAAGUUCAGUUCAUGCAUAUUGUCCCUCCUAUCGUCAUUCAGAUGCUGCGGAAUCCGCAAAUAUGCGCCAAGUACGAUCUCAGCAGUCUUCGGUUUGUCUAUACAGGCGCUGCGCCACUUGGUGCUGAAACGCACGAGGAGAUGGUUAAAGCUUUCCCGUUUUUGCAGGUCGGUCAGGGAUAUGGAAUGACUGAGACGAGCACUGUCAUUACAAGUACUGGCGAAAAUGAUGUGGUGGUUGGAACGUCGGGUUCUCUUGCGUCUGGGUGUCGGGCUAAGCUGAUAGGCGAAGAUGGCCACGAGAUUACGGAGUACGACAAGCGUGGAGAACUUUGGGUUCAGUCGCCCUCUGUAACCCUUGGCUACCUGAACAAUGAGAAGGCUACCUCGGAGGCCUAUGUGUGGGAUCAAGAUGGCCGUUGGAUGAGGACCGGAGAUGUUGCAAUUGUUACAAAAGCACCGUCUGGACACGAACACAUUUCCGUUGUCGACCGACUGAAGGAGUUGAUCAAGGUCAAGGGUCACCAAGUCGCCCCAGCUGAGCUGGAAGCCCACCUCCUGAGCCACCCAGACGUCAAUGACUGCACAGUUAUCCCCGUCUUAGACGAAGGGUCUGGCGAGGUGCCUAAAGCAUUUGUUGUUAAGUCGGCUAUGGCAGCAUCGAGACCAGAUAACGAAGUUGCUAGGGAAAUCAACAAAUGGGUCGAGGACCACAAGGCCAGGUAUAAGUGGUUGAAGGGCGGGAUCGAAUUCAUCGAUGUGAUACCGAAAAGCCCAAGUGGAAAGAUUUUGAGAAGAUUAUUGAAGGAUAAGGAGAGAGAAAAGAGGAGAGCGAAGGGAGCGAAGCUGUGAGAAGUUUUGUAUUAUUCCAUUGCUCAGCAGGCACAUUAGAAUUGUUCAUAUCGGACUGUAUCUUAAUAGACUCAAAUUUUGAAUAAUUAUUAGUCUAUUU